AUGCUUGGACAGAAAGCAACUCCACCCCCCUCCCCUCUGCUGUCAGAGCUCUUGAAGAAAGGCAGCCUCCUGCCUACCAGCCCCAGACUGGUCAAUGAGAGUGAAAUGGCUGUGGCUUCCAGCCACUUGAACAGUACGGGUGUCCUUCUGGAGGUAGGCGGGGUCCUUCCCAUGAUUCAUGGUGGGGAGAUACAGCAAACACCCAAUACUGUUGCAGCCUCCCCUGCUGCCUCGGAGUCUGUAUCCCAAGCUACCAUUGUCAUGAUGCCUGCGCUGCCAGCACCAUCCUCUGCUCCGGCUGUCUCCACUCCAGAAAGUGUAGCUCCAGUGAGUCAACCUGAUACCUGUGUUCCUAUGGAAGCUGUGGGAGAUCCACAUACUGUGACUGUUUCCAUGGAUAGCAGUGAAAUCUCCAUGAUUAUUAAUUCUAUCAAAGAAGAGUGUUUCCGAUCAGGGGUAGCAGAGACCUCUGGAGGAUCAAAGGCUCCCAGCAUAGAUGGAAAGGAAGACUUAGAUCUGGCUGAGAAGAUGGAUAUUGCUGUGUCUUACACAGGUGAAGAACUGGACUUUGAGACUGUUGGAGACAUCAUUGCAAUCAUUGAAGAUAAGGUAGACGAUCAUCCUGAAGUGUUGGAUGUGGCAGCUGUGGAAGCAGCACUUUCAUUCUGUGAAGAGAAUGAUGACCCCCAAUCUCUGCCUGGCCCCUGGGAGCACCCAAUCCAGCAGGAACGGGACAAGCCAAUACCUCUCCCUACACCAGAGAUGACAGUCAAGCAAGAGAGGUUGGACUUUGAAGAAACAGAAAACAAGGGAAUCCAUGAUUUGGUGGACAUCAGGGAGUCUGGUGUUGAGAUCAAGGUAGAACCUACAGAACCAGACCCUGGCAUUUCAGGGGCUGAGAUAGUAUCUGGAGUUGUUCCAGCCGCAAGUAUGGAGCCACCAGAACUCAGGAGUCAGAACUUCGAUGAGGAGCCCAAAAGUGCUGCAACUGGAGAAAUUGCUGAAGCAAAUGGUUCCAGUGGGAAAACUGAUGAGAUGCCACUUACAUCUGUGAAGACAGAG